GAGGCCUAACGUGGGGGUCCAACCCAGAGAGUGUGGCUGGAAGCCCAGUGGGUGGAGGCAGUACCUGGAGAAACGCCUAGGACUUGAGGCUGGAUAGGCUUCGGGACAGGAUGUGAAGCCUCCCCAGGAUGCAGGCUCCGGGUGCGGGCGCGGCCUCGGUGGUCUCGCUGGCGCUGCUGUGGCUGCUGGGGCUGCCGUGGACCUGGAGCGCGGCGGCGGCGCUCGGUGUGUACGUGGGCGGCGGCGGCUGGCGCUUCCUGCGAAUAAUCUACAAGACGGCGAGGCGGGAUCUGUUCGGCCUGUCAGUACUGAUCCGCGUACGCCUGGAGCUGCGACGGCACCAGCGCGCUGGCCACACCAUUCCGGGCAUCUUCCAGGCGGUGGCGCAGCGGCAGCCUGAGUGUCUGGCACUGGUGGACGCCGGCAGUGGCGUGUGCUGGACUUUUGCACAGCUGGAUGCCUACUCCAAUGCUGUGGCCAACCUCUUCUGCCAGCUGGGCUUCGCUCCGGGCGACGUGGUGGCCAUCUUCCUGGAGGGCCGGCCCGAGUUUGUGGGGCUGUGGCUGGGCCUGGCCAAGGCGGGCGUGGAGACUGUUCUGCUCAAUGUGAACCUGCGGCGCGAGCCCCUGGCCUUCUGCCUGGGCACCUCGGGUGCCAAGGCCCUGAUCUUUGGAGGAGAAAUGGCGGCAGCGGUAGCCGAGGUGAGCGGGCAGCUGGGGAAGAGUCUGCCCAAGUUCUGCUCUGGAGACUUGGGGCCCGAGGGCAUCUUGCCAGACACGCACCUCCUGGACCCACUGCUGAAGGAGGCGUCCACUGCCCCACUGGCAGAGUCCCCCGGCAAGAGCAUGGACGAUCGGCUCUUUUACAUCUACACGUCGGGGACCACGGGGCUGCCCAAGGCCGCCAUCGUUGUCCACAGCAGGUACUACCGCAUUGCUGCCUUCGGCCACCAUGCCUACCGCAUGCAGGCGGCUGACGUCCUCUACGAUUGCCUGCCACUGUACCACUCGGCAGGGAACAUCAUGGGCGUGGGGCAGUGUCUCCUCUAUGGGCUGACUGUCGUCCUCCGCAAGAAAUUCUCAGCCAGCCGCUUCUGGGACGACUGUGUCAAGUACAACUGCACGGUGGUGCAGUACAUCGGGGAGACCUGCCGCUACCUGCUGAAGCAGCCCGUGCGGGAGGCAGAGCGGCGGCACCGCGUGCGCCUGGCCGUGGGCAACGGGCUGCGGCCGGCCAUCUGGGAGGAGUUCACGCGGCGCUUUGGCGUGCGCCAGAUCGGCGAGUUCUACGGGGCCACUGAGUGCAACUGCAGCAUCGCCAACCUGGACGGCAAGGUCGGCUCCUGUGGCUUCAACAGCCGCAUCCUGCCCCACGUGUACCCCAUCCAGCUGGUGAAGGUCAAUGAGGACACCAUGGAGCUGCUGCGGGACUCCCAGGGCCUCUGUAUCCCAUGCCAAGCCGGAGAGCCUGGCCUCCUUGUGGGUCAGAUCAACCAACAGGACCCGUUGCGCCGCUUUGAUGGCUACAUCAGUGAGAGUGCCACUAGCAAGAAGAUCGCCCACAGUGUCUUCCGCAAGGGUGACAGCGCCUACCUCUCAGGUGAUGUGCUGGUGAUGGACGAACUGGGCUACAUGUACUUCCGGGACCGCAGUGGGGACACCUUCCGCUGGCGAGGGGAGAACGUCUCUACCACCGAGGUGGAGGGCGUGCUGAGCCGCCUGCUGGGCCAAACAGACGUGGCUGUGUACGGGGUAGCCGUGCCAGGGGUAGAGGGCAAAGCAGGUAUGGCAGCCAUCGCAGACCCCCACAGCCAACUGAACCCCAAUGCAAUGUACCAGGAGCUGCAGAAGGCCCUGGCACCCUACGCCCGGCCCAUCUUCCUGCGCCUCCUGCCCCAGGUGGACACCACAGGCACCUUCAAGAUCCAGAAGACAAGGCUGCAGCGUGAGGGGUUUGACCCACGCCAGACCACAGACCAGCUCUUCUUCCUGGACCUGAAGCAGGGCCACUACCUGCCCCUGGAUGAGGGUGUCUACACCCGCAUCUGCUCGGGUGCCUUCGCCCUCUGAGGCUUCUCCCUGCUGGCCAGAGACUCCCGACUGAGGUGGGUUAGAGCCACAGCCCUGCCCUGGGGGCUGCUGCCUCCUGCCUGCCAGCCUACCUGGCUGAGCUGCACCUGGCGGGGCUGGGGCAAGAACUGGAACUUUGGAGGAGCCUGCGUCUCCUUCCUGUCUUCAGGCCCCCCUGUCUGCAUCUUCCUGUCCCCUCUCUGCUUCUUGGCCUCCACGUCGCUUCCAGUCCUUCCACGUCCCUGUUUGGCCUUGUCUCUUUCCUCUCUCUUCUUCAUCUCUCCUCUACUCUCCUGCCAAGAGCAGAGCUGCAUCCUGUGCAGGGCCCCACUGCCCUUGGGAUCUCCGUGGGUCGUCCCUGCUGGGCCCUGGAUCCAGAAUGGGGCCUCCCCACCUCCCUCUUUGCUAUGCCUUAAGGAGCCCCAGUUCAGGCCUCCCUUGGCUGCUUGGCUGCAGACAUGGCAGCCCCGUGGGGACACCAAGCAGGCCCUCUGCCCUCCCUGCUGAAUGGAGGAGCCAGCAUGGGUGUGGGGGGACAUUGGCAAGGGUCCCCCAGGUCAACUGGAAACAUAACCUGGGCUGGGCCAACAGCCUUUGGCACAUCCUGGUCCGUGAUGCCCUGAAGACCCCAUCUUCCCUUCUUGAUGCCCUGGAAGCUUCCAGGAUUGACUGUGACCAUUUGGUUGUCACCAUUGCCUGCCCCACUUAGAUGUCCCUUAUCAAGUGUCUCCACAGAGCUCCUGCUGGGGGAGCCCUGAAGACUGUGCUGGUGGCUGCCCGGCCAACUGCUUCCUGUCCUUGGCAGAGCCUCUUGGUGUCCCCAUCUGGCAUGGCUGCUGGAAGGACCCAUGGGGGUGGCAGCAUGGGGUUGGAGGAGGUCUCCUGCCCCAGGUUGGCAUCUGAGAUGGCCUCUCAGGCCUCAGGAGUUCUAGCCUGUUGGAUGUCCCCACUGGUCUUGCUACUGAUGGCUCAGACCAUCAGUUGGUGGUGACAUCCUGGUCAGUCCUGGUGGGAUGGCUCAGACAUGUCAGUGGCUCAUCUUGGACCCCUGUGCCAGCCUUGUUGGGGCUGGCCACCCAGACACCUGUCCAUCCGUCCUCCCUCAAUCAGUGGGGCCAGUGGUGAGCAACCUUUGCCGUCUCACAUGGACUUUUCCAACCACCAAGGCUUUGUUUCCUCUUUGAUUUUAAGAAAUAAACCUGCGAGCUUCUGA